AAUAUGAGAAGGCCCAUAUUCUCCUGUGGAAUGAAAACGCAACCUUUUUUUUUUUUUUUUUUAAUUUCCAUUUUGCAGUUUAUUUGCUUCUUUCUUCUUUCUGUUCCAUAUUUCUGGUAACUCAUCAAUUUCAUUUAAUCCGUUUUAUUUUUGCAGAAACAAGCAAAGAAAAUGUCAAACCCAAGCUCAGAUGAAAGCGGCAAGGAGCCAAACAUUGGUAAUGAUCCUCCUAAAGGUGAAGUAAAUGAUGACCUUCCUGCAGAAGAUCCAAAGAAUUCAGAAGAAGAAGAAAGCCAAGAUCCAUCUCCUGAGGAGGAGGAACUUAUGAAGAAAAAGUACGGUGGAUUAGUGAAAAAGAAACCUCCAUUGAUAUCUAAGGACCAUGAACGUGCUUUCUUCGAUUCUGCGGACUGGGCAUUAGGAAAGCAAGGGGCACAGAAGGCCAAAGCACCUGCUGAGGCACUUCGCCCAAAAUUAGAGCCCACACCACACCAGCAACUUCGUACUCGCCUCUCAGCUUCUUCUCUGACAGAGGCUGGUGAAGCAGAUGGUAGCAACAACCGCCUUGACCAGCAAGAUGAGCAGAGUGGAACACCAGCAGCGGAUGGUGAGAAUAAAUAAUUCUUAGAAUCAGAAGCAUCAGGGCCAACACAUUCUUGAACAGCCUCAUGGAAGAUUCUUGCUGAAUUAAUUGAAGGUGGUGUUGUAAAUCAUGCUAGCUACUUAUAGAGGUAUAAAGAAAAGAAAGAAUAAAUGCUCGUGUGGCAAAAAUUUUGUACUGAGAUUAGAUUUGUGGUCCUAUACUGAGUUGAUUUGCUUGCAUAAAAUUCAGAAAACUGCCUGCAACUUCUUGUUCAUCUCCCAUAUGGCUGUGCUAUUCCAUCAUGAUGUAAUAUACUUCUUUGGUGGUAAAAGUUCUAAAUGACCCAUGGAAUGAAAUGUUAGACGUAUACUUUUUUGCAAUAUUAAUGGCUUUCCCUUUUGGUUCA